UCACACCCCGAGCAAUAGAGCAGCUCCUGCAAUUGAGGAUUCCUCCCGGGGAGACUGCAGCCUGUCAGCAUGGCUCACGAGUUUGUGAACAGCAAAAUCCAGCCGGGGAAGGUGGUCGUGUUCAUCAAGCCCACCUGCCCCUACUGUAAAAAGACCCAAGAGAUCCUCAGUCAGUUGCCCUUCAAACAAGGGGUUCUGGAAUUUGUCGAUAUCACAGCCACUGACGACGUAAAUGAGAUUCAAGAUUAUUUGCAACAGCUCACAGGAGCAAGAACGGUGCCUCGAGUCUUUAUCGGCAAAAAUUGCAUAGGUGGGUGCAGUGAUCUAAUAACUAUGCAACAAAGUGGGGAACUGAUGACACGUCUAAAGCAGAUUGGAGCUCUGCAGUAAUCGCAGAGUUGGCCCCACGCUGAUGUCCCCCCUUGUGAGCAGGAUGGCGUUGCAAAUGAUGACAGCACUUCCUGGUGGAUGGAAUUUUGGGCAAAAACAGCUUUUUUCUUCUUUUGGCUCAGUAUUACAAAGUGGAUCAACUUGCCCUUAAUUAUGGGGCCAAGAAGGUUGAAGGACCAUUUUGGUUUUUUCCUGGAUUGGCCCUUUGGGUUCCAGAAAACCAUGACAAGUUCUGGCUUAGGAUUUACUCACCGACCCAAAAGAGGUUCUUCCUCCCUGCAUGUUUCUUCCUUACUGUUCUCCACGUGCCAGCAUGCCUCUACCUCUAAGCCCGUGUUUCUCAACCAUGUUUAUCCAGGUCCCCCCUGGGGAUGAUUCUGUGAGGGUACUUCAAAAAGUUGAUGAAAAGAUUCUUAUCUUUUUCCUUUUUGCUACUGUCCAUCAGCUGAUGUUAUUUUGCUGAGCUUGACUUUAUGAAAUUUGUAUUAUGAAAUCAAUGCAUAUUUUGAUUUUUUUUUCUCCUACCACACACAUCUCCCCACCCCAACUUAUCCCACCUUGAGAAUCACUGCUCUGAAUCAGCAUUCUCGACCUUGCCACCUGACAGACCUCAUACGAAAUGUCCAAUAAUUCCCUGAAGGGUAUGAGGACCCAAUCUGAGAAACUGCAUGAAGAGUUAAGCACAAUUGGUCUUUAUUUGGUGCCAGUGGAUCAGAGGCACAAGUGCAGAUGCCAUGAUCAUGUAGCAACACUCUUAAGAUUGUCAUCCAGGUAAUCCUGAACAAGUGUAUAUUAAUUUGAUUUAUAUUACCAGCAGAAUUAAAACAGUGUAAAACAUUA